UGAUUUUUUUUGAAUUUUGAACCUUUGAAUUCUAAUGCCAUGUUGAAUUUUCGUGCGAAAAACCUGCAAAUCACCCUUGUCGCCAGUGCCUUUGCGCGGCUCGUACGAAACUGUUUUUGUAAACAUAGUUUUGUUAAUAAUUGAGUGAGAACGGAGAAGAACGCAAGAAAUUUCAAUAUAUUAUUUUUUCUAACCUUUUAAGUUAUUUCGAUAAAGGAAAAGGUAGGUAAAUUUCAACCUUUUCGAGUGCUUUUUCGAACGCACAUUUUUAAAUUUACAUUGAAACUUUUAACGCGUGUUUUUAUGUUCAGCACAAUGGAGACUGAAAAGAGGUACAUGGAAGAAAAAAUUCAGGAAUGGUUGGAAGUUGAAAGGACUAAACAGAAUUCCGUAAUAAUGCCCGAACAGACUUAUAAAACAAUGGUGGAUUUUCUAUGUGGAAGAAUAGACAACGUUCCACGUGCUAUAAAAAGAAAAUUGCGAAGAAAAAAAUUCCGAGUGAUGAGUUAUCCUGCACUUGGUAUAUCGGAUGUUUUGUGCGCUCCAUUUCCCGAUAUACAUGGAUGGCAGUGUUAAAAGCAGUUAUAGUAAUGAGACCAAGUAUAACAGAUGAAAAAACCGACAAAAACAUACAGUUUUAUACGUUUGUGAAAAACGGUGCUUAUGAAGCUGCUAAACUUCAUACUGCUAUUUAUCGAAAAAUAACACCAACCAACCAAUGCUUGUCAUUUUUUGGAGCAGAAUACGAAUGUAUGAUAAAAAACUUCGUUGCGCCAUUCAUGGAACAUAUUGUGGAGUCAGCUUGCAACAGUCCGCAUUGUAGCAUGAAACAAUCGAGAGCCUGCUUCAACACAUUUCCUUCGGCAACAGUGAAAAGUUCAUUUGUCCAUGAUGUCCAAAAGUGGUUUCUUGAAGCAACAAUAUCAAUUUGUGGAAAGAAGUAAAUGAGAACAUAUCUGACGAAUUUUCUUUCGUCGACGAAAACAUAACAACAGGGUAUAGCACGCCAAUAUGUUCGUAUUCGAUGUUAAAAGUUAUUAAUUUUUUAACUAUGUUAUUGUUUCCAUAGGAUAAAGAACAGAUAUUGUAAUAGAAACAGAAUAUACAAGGCCCGAUUUUUUAAAAAACUUCCUUAACUAUUAGUUGUUGAUGUUGCAGGCGAUAUUGACCCAAUAGACAUGGCUACUGUUCCCGAACAAUUACAACAAUUGAGAUGCUACACAAAAUUGUAUAAUUAACAUGUACUAUGAGUUUUCUUUUUUAACUUCCAUUCCAGAUUUCCAGCAGCGUCAACAACAAAGAGAAGCAG